AUGGAGAUGGUCUGUCAGGUCGGUCCUGAUGCUGCAGCCGCCUCCUCACACAAAACAGAGACUGAACCCUUCUUUCCUAAUGCUAACAAAAGACUAGCCACACCUUUGGUCACAGCAGCUACCAGCAAACAGACAUGCUCCCAAAUACAUUCCACUGUCUACGCCACAGAGCGGCGCAGGCCUGAUAUCAUGCACACCAUACAGACGCUCGCCCUGCUCCCCCACACAGAGCUUGAGCACAAACACAUGAGCAUAGAUGACAAAAGUGUACCCUGGCCCUUCCAGCUGCUCCAUGAGCAUUCCUUCUUGCUGCUGUCUGCAGUGGCCUGCAUGCUGCUAUCUCCGUCUGCUCGCUCUGUUCUUCUGUUGGAGUCGUCGUUCACUGCUCAGCACCAGCGUCUCCCUCACUCUUCUACGAGAGGCAUGAAUGGUGAAAAGAGACGCAAACGGCACACGGAGAGCAGGAGGGAGGAGAGAGCUUUGGCAGAGAUACGGGCUUACUGA